CCCAGGUCUACAUCACCAGGAGAGCAGGCGAAGCUCCUGUGCUAAGGACACUCAGUGAAACUGCAUUUUAAAUAUAAUGCAAAGCCGAUAAAUACUCGCAUCUAAGAUCGUCUGCGCGCUCUUGAAAAGGAGGACACUGAGGAGGGUGUGAAUUGCUCAGAUUGUCUCGUGUGAGUCCUAUUCUCGUGUGAAGGAGACGCGGUCAUUCAUCAGAGAAGAUGGGGAACCGUGGGAUGGAGGAUCUCAUCCCUCUGGUGAAUAAGAUGCAGGAUGCGUUUUCUGCCAUCGGACAGAACGCCAACCUGGACCUCCCGCAGAUCGCCGUGGUGGGGGGCCAGAGCGCGGGCAAGAGCUCCGUGCUGGAGAACUUCGUGGGCAAGGACUUCCUGCCCCGUGGUUCUGGCAUUGUGACACGUCGCCCCCUGGUGUUGCAGCUAAUCAACUGCCCCACAGAGUAUGCUGAGUUCCUGCACUGUAAAGGGAAGAAGUUCACGGACUUCGAUGAGGUGCGUCAGGAGAUCGAGGCGGAAACGGACCGAGUGACCGGACAGAACAAAGGCAUCUCGCCAGUGCCCAUCAACCUGAGAGUGUACUCUCCACACGUGCUGAACCUGACGCUGGUGGACCUGCCGGGGAUGACCAAGGUGCCGGUGGGUGACCAGCCGGCGGACAUUGAGGCCCAGAUCCGGGACAUGCUCAUGCAGUUCGUCACCAAGGACAACUGCCUCCUAUUGGCCGUCUCCCCCGCCAACGCUGACCUGGCCAACUCCGACGCCCUCAAGAUCGCCAAAGAGGUCGACCCGCAAGGUCUCAGGACCAUCGGUGUGAUCACUAAGCUGGACCUGAUGGACGAGGGAACAGACGCUCGUGAGAUUCUGGAGAAUAAGCUCCUCCCACUGCGCAGAGGCUAUAUCGGGGUGGUGAACCGCAGUCAGAAGGACAUCGACGGCAGGAAGGACAUCAACGCUGCCAUGGCGGCCGAGAGGAAGUUCUUCCUGACCCACCCCGGCUACCGCCACCUGGCCGAGCGCAUGGGCACGCCCUACCUGCAGAAGAGCCUCAACCAGCAACUGACCAAUCACAUCCGUGACACGCUCCCGGCGCUGCGCAACAAGCUGCAGAGUCAGCUGCUGUCCAUCGAGAAGGAGGUGGAGGAGUACAAGACCUUCAGACCCGACGACCCCUCACGCAAGACCAAGGCCCUGCUGCAGAUGGUGCAGCAGUUUGCUGUGGACUUUGAGAAGUGCAUCGAGGGCUCUGGUGACCAGAUCGACACCUAUGAGCUAUCAGGAGGAGCUCGCAUCAAUCGCAUCUUCCACGAGCGCUUCCCCUUUGAGCUCGUCAAGAUGGAGUUUGAUGAGAAGGAGCUGCGCAAGGAGAUCAGCUAUGCCAUCAAGAACAUCCACGGCAUCAGGACGGGCCUGUUCACCCCCGACAUGGCGUUUGAGACCAUCGUGAAGCGGCAGAUCGGCAAGACCAAGGAGCCGUGCCAGAAGUGUGUGGACCUGGUCAUCGCCGAGCUGGUCACCACCGUCAGGAACUGCACCAAGAAGCUGGCCCAGUAUCCACAGCUGAGGGAGGAGAUGGAGAGGAUCGUCACCCAGCACAUCAGAGACCGCGAGAGCCGUGCCAAAGACCAGGUGAUGCUCCUGAUUGACAUUGAGCUGGCGUACAUGAACACCAACCACGAGGACUUCAUCGGAUUCGCCACUGCCCAGCAGAGGAGCAGUCAGAAGAGCAUGAAGAAAGCAGCCGGCAAUCAGGAUGAGAUCAUGGUGAUCAGGAAGGGAUGGCUGACCAUCAACAACAUCGGCAUCAUGAAGGGCGGAGCCAAAGAGUACUGGUUCGUCCUGACUGCAGAGAACAUGUCCUGGUACAAGGAUGAUGAGGAGAAAGAGAAGAAGUACAUGCUGACGGUGGACAACCUGAAGCUGCGUGAUAUUGAGAAGAGCUUCAUGUCCAGCAAGCACGUCUUCGCCCUGUUCAACACGGAGCACAGGAAUGUGUACAAGGAUUACCGUCAGCUGGAGUUGGCCUGUGACACUCAGGAGGACGUGGACGGCUGGAAGGCCUCCUUUCUGCGGGCUGGAGUUUACUCAGAGCGUGUGGUGGAUAAGGAGAAGAGUGAGUCCAUGGAUGAGAGCAGCUCGGACAGCUUCAUGCACUCCAUGGACCCUCAGCUGGAGCGGCAGGUGGAGACGAUCCGCAGCCUGGUGGACUCCUACAUGGCCAUCGUCAACCGCACCGUACGAGACCUCAUCCCCAAGACCAUCAUGCACCUGAUGAUCAACAACACUAAGGAGUUCAUCCAUGCGGAGCUGCUGGCUCAGCUGUACUCGUGCGGGGACCAGAACUCUCUGAUGGAGGAGUCUCAGGAGCAGGCUCAGCACCGGGACGAGAUGCUGCGCAUGUACCACGCGCUGCGCGAGGCGCUCCACAUCAUCGGCGACAUCAGCACCACCACCAUCACCACCGCCAUGCCCCCACCCGUCGACACCUCCUGGCUGCAGGUGCAGGGAGGAGCCGCGGGACGCAGUCCCAGGUCUCCGAUGUCCAGCCCCACCCCCCAGCGCCGUGCCCCCCCUGGCCCCCCUCGCCCCGGUGGCCGCAGUGCCCCCCCGACCCCCCCUGCCACGGGAGCCCCCCCUGUGCCCUCCCGCCCGGGCGCCUCGCCAGACCCCAGCGCCCCCCCACAGGUGCCCCACCGCCCCACCCGCGUGCCCCCGGGUGUGCCCAGCCGGCCCAGCAAAGGGAGUCCGUCCCAUGGAGAGAGCCCUCAGUCCUCCUUCGACUCUUAAACCCACACCGCUCACUCUUACUCUUCCUCCCUCUCUUCCUCCUCCUCUCUCUCUCCCCUCAGUCCUCCUUCGACUCUUAAACCCACACUGCUCACUCCUCCUCUUCCUCCUCCUCUCCCUCUCUUAAACCCACACUCCUCUACUCUUCCUCUCUUAAACCCACACUGCUCACUCCUUCUCCUCUUCCUCUACUCUUCCUCCUCCUCUUCCUCUCUUAAACCCACACUGCUCACUCCUUCUCCUCUUCCUCUACUCUUCCUCCUUCUCUUCCUCUCUUAAACCCACACUGCUCACUCCUCCUCUUCCUCUCUUAAACCCACACUCCUCUACUCUUCCUCUACUCUUCCUCCUCCUCUUCCUCUCUUAAACCCACACUGCUCACUCCUUCUCCUCUUCCUCUACUCUUCCUCCUUCUCUUCCUCUCUUAAACCCACACUGCUCACUCCUCCUCUUCCUCUCUUAAACCCACACUCCUCUACUCUUCCUCUCCUCUUCCUCCUCCUCUUCUUCAACUCUUCCUUUUCCUCUUCCUCUCUUAAACCCACACUGCUCACUCCUCCUCUCAUCCCUCUUCAUCUUCCUCCUCCUCUCUCCCUCUCCUCUCUCUCUUAUUUCUGUCCCUCUCCUCUCUCUCUCUCCUUCUCUCUCUCUUUCUCCCUCUCCCCCUGUGUUCUCUCUCUCAUCUGCUGCCUGUCUGGGAUGACAGGUUGACUCAAGGACAUCAAAGGUAACCAUGGAGACGACCCACCCACCCUGAGCAGUCACACCUGCCCUGACAGCCUGCAGUUCCAGAGAGGGAGCAGCAGGGGGAGACAUCUGACACUACACACCAGAGGACAGGGCUCUCUCCCCCCGACCCUUGUGCCAUACACACUAACCAGCUGGUCACGGGCCUUUCAGAGAUAUCAGUGUGCAUGUAUGUACGUGUGUGUGUGUGUGUGUGUGUAUGUAAGUGUGUAUGUCAGUAUAGUUUUAAUUGUUAUGACAAUGCUGUGUUGUGUUUGAGAUGUGUUUACACAGAUAUGUAAUCUCAGUAGCCUAGGUAUCCUCAGAGUAUCUUAACUGGCCCAGGGCCGGGGUGGGUCUGAGCCGGAGGUGGUGCGGGCUAACACCAGGUGCUGGCCAGAUCUCCCCCAGAGCCCCCGGCCUGCUGGGUCUAGAAUAACGACUCUACUGUACAUUGAUCACAAGCGCAGCCUCUCAGACACAGUGCAAUGUGAAGAGUCCCUCUCGUGCCGUAGGGGACCGUAGCCUUGCAGGUGCUCCUGCUGUAGACAGUGUUGCCUAGGUAACAGCUAUUGUACACAUUGUUUCCUAGGUAACAGCUAUUGUACACAUUGUUGCCUAGGUAACAGUUGUUGUAGGCAGUGUUGCCUAGGUAACAGCUAUUGUAGACAGUGUUGCAUAGGUAACGGCUAUUGUAGACAGUGUUGCCUAGGUAACAGCUAUUGUAGACAGUGUUGCCUAGGUAAGAGUUGUUGUAGACAGGAUUGCCUAGGUAACAACUAUUGUAGACAGUGUUGCCAAGGUAACAGCUAUUGUAGACAUUGUUGCCUAGGUAACAGCUAUUGUAGACAGUGUUGCCAAUGUAACAGCUAUUGUACACAUUGUUGCCUAGGUAACAGCUAUUGUAGACAGUGUUGCCAAGGUAACAGCUAUUGUAGACAGUGUUGCCUAGGUAACAGUUGUUGUAGACAGCGUUGCCUAGGUAACAGCUGGAGUGUCCUGCACUGGAUCCAUCACCAAGCGCAUAUUUGGAUGUGCUGUGGGGCCUGCUGCCUGUCCAAGGCCUCGUCAGUUCACAUCAGUUUACAUUCAUUACCUUUACAGGUUUGCUUGUUAGUGGUUGUGGGUUCUAUGCUAUAUGUGUACAUAAGAGAAUACUAGUGAGAUGUGCGCUGAUUCUGGAACAGUUUCUGGCCCUGACUUAACAGAUCAAAUCUGGAUUCUGAUCCAAAUUCACACUCAUUCAUUCAAUCAAUUCUGAUUGUGAACCAGAUUCACACCAGGUUCAAUCCUGAUUGUGAUAAAAGUUUCACGCCAGAUCUGUUCUGGAGUUAGCUGCUAUCUGAGGACAGAAUGCACAGGGACACACAGAUUUGUUUGUGUGUGUAAGUGUGUGUCACUUCACUGAAUCACCAAGCAAAGUAUACACUGGAUAUUUGUGUCU